GACGUUUGACUCCUUAGAGGGUCUUUUUGUACAAACAAACACUGAACAAGAUUUUUUAGGCACCCAAAAUUUUACGAUUAACUGUCAUGAAUUGAAAACACAACGUAAUCAACAUUGUCGCUGUGGUAGCGACUUAUCAAUCAUACAAGCCACACCCUAAAGCAUACGCUGCUUUAUCAUCUAUUUUACUCUAAAUGGGGCAAUAAUUUACAAAAUGAACAUCAUGCUGUACUGAAGAAGACUUGAUACUAGCGAUUGAGACCAUGAACUCAUUAGGAAAGUGUUUAUUGAGGCGAUAAAUCAAGUGAGCAACAGGGUCAUUUUCUCAUAGACUUCCGCACAAUUGGACCUGUUCUUGCAGCCAGUGGAGUCGCCGCCUGCUGGCCGUUAGAGAGAAUGCAGGUUUAAGUGUUUUUCUGUUGGUCUCAGAGAGUUUAGUCCUCUGCAGUCUGUGAUUAUGAACGGAGAUGUAGAAGCUUUGCUGGAUUUGGUCAGACAGAAGUCGAGCAGUCUGAUGGAGCCGAACAAUGAAGGUUGGAUCGCUCUUCAUGAAGCUGCUUAUUACGGCCAGUUGCCGUGUGUCCGGAUCCUCAUCAGAGCUCAUCCCGACUCGGUGAACGCGUGUAGUUUGAGGAAUCAGACCGCUCUGCUGCUGGCCGCCGGGCGAGGACACGCUUCAUGUGUCGAAUAUCUUCUGAAACAUGGAGCCAACAUCAACAUUGCCAACAAGGACAGAGAGACUCCGCUGUUCACAGCAUGCGAGCAGUCGAGUGAAGCUGUGGUGGAGCUGCUGCUGAAGUUUGGAGCUCAGGUGAAUCGCUGUAGCAGUCAGGGAGGAAGUCCCCUUCAUGAAACCUGCAGACAUGGACAACUGCAGCUCUGCAGGAUGUUAGUGAAGGCCGGAGCCAAACUGCAAACCAGAGACAUCUUUGGCAUCCAACCAAUUUUUACUGCCUCACAGCAUGGACAUGCUGACAUCAUCGACUUCCUCGUCAAGAAAGGUGCAGAUAUAAAUGCAGCAGCUAAAGACGGAGCGUCUCCGCUGUUUGAAGCCAGUAAGAAUGGUCACAUCUCUGCUGUGGAGAUGCUGUUGUCUCUGAAGGCCGACGCUAACAGAUCGACAAGGUCCGGCCUGCUGCCUCUCCACGUGGCUGUUCAGAACCAUCACACACGGAUCGUGACGAUGCUGAUGGCAGUGACCAGCAGGGUCAGCAUUCAGCACAGCGGCAUCAAUCCUCUGCACAUCGCUGCAGAAAAGGACAGGGACAACAUCUUGGAGCUGCUGAUUGAGGCGGGAUUCGAUGUCAAUGCCAAGCUGUCGCUGGAACGCUCCAGCAUGUACGAGGACCGGCGCAGCACGCCGCUCUACUUCUCUGUCUACAAUGGGAACCUGGAAGCCGCCAAGAUGCUACUGGAGGCUGGAGCUGACGCCAACCUGGAGGUUUUUAACCCGCUGCUCAUCGCUGUGCGGCUUGGCUGGACGGAGAUGGCAGCGCUGCUGCUGAGGUAUGGCGCUGAUGUCAAUGCUCAGAUCUCCACCCAGCCGUCCUCGUUCCCAUCAGCCAUCCUGCUCAACAUGGAGUCUCUCUCCAUGCUCAAACUGCUGCUGGACAACGGCUGUGAUGCCCAGCUUUGCUUCGUCUGUCCCUAUGGACAGAAGCCACAUCCUGCCAUCUCACUGGCACGCCAUCCCAUCGAGGAACUGCUGGUCAGCGGGGAUGCACCGCCACAGCACCCCAUUCAGUUCUGUGAGGCCGUCUCCAGGCCGUCUUUCUUUCGUGUCUCUGGUCCAAUCAUCUCGCUGCUGCUGGACUAUGUUGGACACAUCCGUCUCUGCUCUCGGCUGCUGGAGGUUCUGGAGAGUCGCAGCGACUGGGCGCCAAUCAAACUGAAAGCUGCUCCUCCUCAUCCUCUGAUGCAGCUCUGCAGGCUGAAGAUCAGACGACUGCUCGGCGUCCGACGCCUCCGACUGCUGCAUACGCUGCCACUUCCUGUCCAACUCAUCCGCUUCCUGCUCUACGACGUCCGCUGCUCACCUGGACUCACCUGAACUCACCUGGACUCACCUGAACUCACCUGGACUCACCUGGACUCACCUGAACUCAC